CUUUCUCUUUUAUAUAUCCUAAUUUUUCCUUAAAACAAACUUUCCUAAGAAAAAAACCAGAGAAUCCGUAUAAAUUAUCUGAAACAGUUUCUCCAACAGCCAACAACAAAUUUUAGAUUCUGAGAUUUUACCACUCGACUCUUUUUUUUGUUCUCUUCAAAACCACUAGAAACCCGUGGAUAUGGCGUCGAGCGUGUGGACGAGAUCGGAAGAUAAGAUGUUCGAGCAAGCUUUGGUGCUUUUCCCUGAAGGAUCUCCGAAUCGGUGGGAGAGAAUCGCCGAUCAGCUCCAUAGGACUGCUGUUGAAGUUAGGGACCAUUACGAGGCGUUGGUGCACGACGUCAUCGAGAUUGAUUCCGGCCGAGUCGAUGUCCCGGAUUACAUGGAUGACUCGGCGGCUGCGGCGGCGGGUUGGGACUCGGCCGGUCAGAUCUCCUUUGGGUCUAAACACGGCGAGAGCGAACGGAAAAGAGGAACUCCUUGGACUGAAAACGAACACAAAUUGUUUCUGAUCGGAUUAAAGAGGUAUGGUAAGGGAGAUUGGAGGAGUAUAUCGAGGAACGUGGUGGUGACGAGGACACCGACGCAAGUCGCGAGCCAUGCUCAGAAAUAUUUUCUUAGACAGAACUCGGUGAAGAAGGAAAGGAAAAGGUCGAGCAUCCACGACAUAACUACGGUCGAUACUAAUCUAGCCAUGCCUGGCUCCAACAUGGACUGGUCUGGGCACCACGAGAGCCCUGUUCAUGCUCAGCAGCAGCAGCAGCAGCAGCAGCAGCAGCAGAUCAUGACGGAGUUUGGUCAGCAAAUGACGACUCCGGGUCAUUUUGAGGAUUUCGGGUUUCGGAUGUGAAAAAAAUGGUGAAGAGGAAAUUGGCCAUGGUUUUUUAGUUUAUUAGGGGUUUUUUACACAUUUUAUGUGAAUAGCAAAAAGAAUAGGAUUGGGUAUUUUCUGAUACAGGUGAUGAUGGUGAUGAAAAGUAAUAAAAUAAUAUACAUUAGUGUAUAGGAAUGCCUUUUUAUAAACACAAAUAUGUUUUAAACCAUUUUGGUGGUAUUUUGAAUCAAAUGCAUAUGGAUUGGUGGGUUUUCAA